AAUUACCAUGAUUGUCUGAGUGACGUAGAAGCUGCGACAGCACUACAGCCAUCUUAUCUCAAGGCGAUUAUCAGAGGUGAAAAGGAAUAUCAGUAGAACACCUGAAUUUUAAAAUUUCCUCCAUUUAAUCAUUUCAAAUGAGUCGACUUUUUUUCACUAGGGGCGAACACCUGUUUAAAGUUGAAGAAGUUUGAAGAAGCCAUCAUCUGGUGCGACAAAGGAUUAGACGUAUCCUUUCUUUAUCCUGUUCAGAGACCUUCUAUUUUCUCUUUUGAGAUCUUCGUGUGCGCGCACGAAAAUAGAAACUGUGAGAGAUUUAUUAAGCCUUAACGCACUGGAUAAAUUACUCAAACCAAAAGAAAGGAAAAAAAGUGUGUCGACAGGCUAUCUUUUCUUAGAAGAGUAAAUACAAAUCCCUGACCGCACAAAUUAUUACUUCCUCUAUUUUACUAGAUCAAUAUCUCUUAAUACAGCUGGUUUAAAUAUUAAGUGACUUGAUGGACGCGCCCUGACGUCUCACAAAAAGAGUAUCCAUUUAUAUACACGUACAAAACGGAUUACCGAACCAUUUCUCCAAUUGCUGCUGCUGCUACAAAACUGCCGCCAGCCAAGUUUAUGGUAUAAGCAGAUUAUUUUCUAUCCCCUUAACUCUUGUAAGAUUGACAAGGACAACCACGAUCUGUUGGAGAUAAAGACCUGUUCUUUCAUAGAAGGCGAACACAUUUUAACACAGGAAGGUGAUAAACCAGCAAAAGAAGAGAGCGAUCCACCAACAAACCCAAGACCUCUUGAUCGCACAUGUAAGUAAAAUCCAAACAGGAAGCGUACUUGUAAUAACCAGGGUCUUUACUUCAAGUCGAUCUACAAUUUGCCAGGCAUCAAAUGUUAUGUUUUGUUCUCUGGCUUUGACUAAUUCAUACUGGCAGAACUCAAAACCGCUCUGUAUAUAUUUUUAUUUCAGCAAUAGCAGAAACUCACAAAAAUGCCGGCAAUGAUGCAUUUAGUAAAGAUGAUUUUGUCAAGGCUAUCAACUCGUACACAGAGGGAAUUGAAGUAAAAUGCAAGGAUGAGGAUCUGAAUGCCAAAUUGUACAACAACAGGGCAUCAGCCCAUUAUCACUUGGGUAAAGUAUCAUUCAUAUUAACUCAGCGUAUUGCCAACAUUGCAUUUUGUUCCGUAUCCAACAUUCCAUUGUCUAUUCUGCAUCCGGGCCCUUUUACGUAACGACACUCCUGGAAUCUCAAUUCAACUGUCUCUGUUGGCUCUAUUGAUGUUAUCAGGGUGAAGUCUUAUGUCCUAUUAUCAUCUCUUGGUUAUGCGGACGACCUCGGAAGCCUAAGGGAGAAACAGUGGGGAAGGGGGGUGGGGUCUCUGUAGAGAAUUUAGACCUCAUCUCGAAGAGCUUAGUUCCUGGUCUCAUUUGCGUGUUUAUUAACAGCUCAAGUCUGGAGUCCCUGAAAACCGUAUGUCCGUUUUAUGUGCCGUAAUAGGUUCAACUCAUGCAUGCAUCUUCCCUUUCCGCCAAUGCAUACUUCGCUGCAUUCGCAAGGAAUCUUAUAAAAUACUCACAAUCUUGCUUUCGUGGGUUACUAAACUAUUCUUAAAUCACAUUAAGUGUUUUGCCUUGUCCAAUUUGAAAACACCUCGAGCGUAGGCAAGGUACAUAGAGUCUAUAAAGUAGGCGCUGCCCCCUCAGUUCGAGCGGAUUAUUCUUUUUAAUGUGGGUAUAAUAAAACUCUUUUCCAGGAUAUUAUCCAGAUUGUCUAAGUGACGUAAAAGCUGCGACAUCACUACAGCCGUCUUAUCUCAAGGCGAUUAUCAGAGGUGAAAAUGAAUCUCAGUUGAGAACUUGAAUUUUUCCUAAAACAAUGAUUUCAAACGAGUCAAUUUUUUUUUCACUAGGAGCGAACACCUGUUUAAAGUUGAAGCAGUUUGAAGGAGCCAUCAUCUGGUGUGAUAAAGGACUUGCCGUAUCCUUUCUUUACCCU